AUGGAAGAAGUAGAUGAAUUAGAAGAUAACAGAGUUUUUUACAUAUGGGCAACGAGGAAAGGAAAAGAGAUUAUUGCUAGGAUCAUCAAAAACAAGAUGGUAUGCAUUGGAUACUUUGGUGGGUCGAAAUCGGGUCAAAUUCAGAUUGCUGGGUACAUCACAAAGAUAAGUUCUACAAGAACCAUCCAUGAAGACUCAUCACGGGAAUCCAUGGAUGGGUCACUGUGUAGAAGAAAUUCCCAAAUCUCAACCCCAAAACUGAUAGAAGAGAUGAACCGCCGGAGAAUUUCUUGGUCAGAAUUACCACUGGAGCUAUUAUCGGAAAUCGCCGAACGUCUCGAAACCCGAUCUGAAAUCCUACAAUUCAGAACAAUCUGUAAAACAUGGAGAAAUUCACUCAGUUUCUCACAAUUCUCACAGAAAAGCAUUUUAUCCCCUCUUUUACCUUACAAACUUUCAUCUACUAAUCCACCUUUAUUUAGUAAUAGGAAAUCUAUGAAUCAUUUGGGUUCUUCUUUGAUUUUAGUUGCAAGUUCUGUGUUUAUAGUUAGAUCAAAUCUUAGCCCUAAUCUUCCUCCUUGGUUAAUCACAGUUGAGGAGUUAAACCCAGGAAAACUUUUCAUUAGGCAACCACUUUCUCGAUUUAAAAUAGAAAAUGUGCCUGAUUAUGUAAUGAAGAUUUUGGGUUCUACCCAUUACGAUGUUUCAGAAAUUGGGAGAUUAUAUGCAUUUAGAUUAAAUGGGUUUUGUAUUAAAAGUAUGAAUGAUCGCAAUUCAUGGAAGAAAUGGUUAAAUUUUUAUAAUAAAGUUGUGUUGUUUAUAGACCCAAAUUGUAGAAUAAGCCCUAGAAUUGACGAUUGUAUUGCUGCUAUUUUGUAUGAUAAUGGGAAUCUAGCUACUAUAAGGCUUAAAGAUGAAUAUGAACGUCUUGAGGGUUAUUCUUCCAUUGGAAAAUUUGAUGAUCUAGUUAUGUUUAAGCAAAAGAUUUAUGUGAUUGAUCGCAAAGGAAGGGUUUAUAGUAUGAUGUUUCGACAAUUUGGGUUGUCGAAAAUUGUUCAUGAGCCAAUUGGUAAAGGUCAUGCCAAUGAUCGAAGGAAACGACUCGUAGAAUCGAAUGGAGAACUCUAUUUAAUUUAUAGGUCUCAUGAGUGUUAUAAGAAUGUUAUGUUCAAAGUUUUUAAGCUAAAUGAGAGGCUAAUGAAAUGGGAUGAAGUUAAAGGUAUUGGUAAUGAUCAAGUAUUGUUUGUUACUUUAGAUGGAUCAUUUUUUGUGCCAAAGAAGGAUAUAUAUGGAUGGAAAGGAAAUUGUAUUGUAUUUAGUAGAAAUUCUUUCCCUACAUAUAAUGAUACUUUGAAAGGUGAUAGAGAUGUUUUCAAGACUUGGAAGAAAACUGAACUUGAUGUUGCUGUUUUUGAUUUUGAGAGUGGUGAUUGUGGACCUAUAGCAUGUUAUCCUAAAUAUUCUGAUGUGUUUUGGCCUUCCCUGGAUUGGAUUUCAUCUAAUUGUGAGAUUGGCCCGAAACCCGUUUCACAAGCCGAGAUACUCGCUUCAUCGGAGGCUGCUGCAGAUCUGCAAACUGGCCAAAACAACAUUGAUUCAGGUUUAGCUGUCAAUUCUGUUCUUCAGGAUUCAGUUGGCAGCAGUUCUGAUGAUUCUCUUCUGAAGAGUGUUGGAAAUGUGGUCCCAAUUUUGAAGAAAAUAUGGGAAAAGCAUGGAAACAUAAUACAAGAAUUUGUAGCACAAAAUGAUCAAAUGAUCCUAAAAUGGGCCUUAGAAUCACUAGCAAAAAUGGUUGUUAUUCUUCAGAACAACACUGGAAAUUCCUUGAGUGAUUCCGAAGCUGAAUACUUAGAUGCAACCUUAUAUAAUCUUCAAACAAAGUUAGAUUGGUUAGUACCUUCGUUGAUUUCUCACAAAAACAUGAAGCAUGCUCAUGUAAUGAAGGAACUUAUUAGUACAAAAGCUAAGCUCCUAGCACAACUCAGGGAAGUGGAUGAAAAACUUGACAAACAGAGAAAAAGCUUGUUGUGAUUGAAGAUCUAUUUGCUGCCUUGUUGU